AAAAUUAUAAUUGUCAAGCUCAAUUCGAUUGAGAAUUGUUUGAAGUUAUUCUCUUCAUUAUGAUACGUUUUUCGGUUCUAUCGAUAAAGUAGGCAUAAGUAGAAGCAGACACUAACAUUCUGUAGAGAUGUCAUUAUUAUAAUCAUUGAUUUAAGUAUAAACUGACAAGAUUAUAUUACAUGAGUUCAUAUAACAUAAGUUUAAAGUUUAAACAUUCUUCAAAAACUACUUAUAUUAAUUCGAAUAAUUAAAAUAAACAAAAUGUUAUCGAGAAUAACAAAAGUACUGUCUAGUCCAAGUUUGAGACAAUCGGAACCAAUUAAUCUCAUCUUUCCUGUGGUCAGCAGAUUAUUUUCAAGUAAUUUACCAUCUACAGAACAAGUUCAACCCGAUAAGUUAUACAAAAAAGUAGAAAUUGAAGUUCGAGGUAAUGACAGUGCAGUAUUGAAAAGUUAUGGAAUAUUUGCCACCACUGCAGCAAAUCAUUUAGGAAUAACAGUUGGAGAAAACUAUGCCCCACGUAAAGCAAAUCAUCAAAGAUGGACUGUUCUCAAGUCAAAACAUGUUCACAAAAAGCAUCGUGUGCAAUAUGAAAUGAGGACUUAUUACCGUUUUUUAAACUUCUUGAAACUAACUGGAUCAACUGCUGAUACCUUCUUAGAGUAUAUUCAAAGAAAUUUACCCGAAGGCGUUGCAAUGAAAGUGACAAUGGUUGAAAUUAAACCACUACCAGAAUCAGUCAGUUCUCCUCCAAGUUAAAAAACUGUAAAUGGUAUAUUAGAUCAGUAGUAUGAACUACAGUGAUAGGUGUAUCUGUAUCCAAAUUUCUGGCUGAUCCUCGUCUGUCAAGUUCUGGAAGAGGAUCUUUUU